AUGUUUUCACCAUUGGUUUCUUGGAUUUUGUCAACCUCGUCUUCUUCCUCCUCAUCAUCAUCUGAAGAAGAAGACGAACAUGAAAAUCUUGACAUUAGCAAUGACGAAUCAGACUAUGAAAACUUUCAAAACGACAAUGUUGAAGACCAAAUGGACGAUGUGGAUGAUGACAACAUUCCCAUUGGACUUGCCAUUUCUGAUGCCUCCCCCGCUGUGACGGUGGCCUUGCCUGCCCCUAUAGAUUACACAAACACUGCCACCACUACUAAAGAAACGCGCUCAAAACGUCAACACAACAAGUAUUCUGGUGGGGCGAGACAAUAUCAACGGAUAUGGACGAAGCAAGAUGAGAUAGAAUUGUUGAAGGGAUAUCUGGAUUACAUCAAGCAACAAGGAAGAACAACCACUACUCUUCAAAGCCACGUAGCUUCGUUCUAUGAUCAACUUAUGCCAAAAUUCAGCGCGGAUUUUAACAGGAACCGGAUUGUUGAGAAGCUACGUAGGUUAAAAAGAAAACACAAGAUGGUUUUGGACAAAUGCAAAGAUGUUCAGGUUUCUUUCAAGAGCUCCCACGAACAAGCCAUUUUCGAUAUUUCCAGCAAGAUUUGGGGCAAUGACACAGACCAUGAUGUUUUGGAAGUUGAUGAAUCUAGACCUGUUCCCGACAGUCUUGAUCUUAUUGACAACAUUAAGAUGAAAGCUGAACAUGUUGACAAUUGUGAAAAAACGGACAAUAGGGUGCACAAGCGUGCGAGGCUCGCAGCAGACAAUGAUGAUGCUACUACUAGUAUUCAUAGAUUCAUUGAGGAAACCAUGAGGUCCUGUUUCUCGCCAUUGCUGAAGGAACUAUUGGAUGAUGCUCCGGCAGAGCCACUCGACGUGUUGCCAAUGUUGUUAUCCACCGAAGAAGCGAGAGAUGAACAAUUGUUAAAACGGAGGAUUUUGGAGCUAGAAGUGUAUUUGGAUCGGUUGGAGUUGUUGCAGGGUCAGAUCAAGACUAGGUUGGAGGAUUUGAGGUCUAGCUUAGGUUGA